UUAAACAGAGUGUAAUUUUCUUUUAAUACAAUGACUACAGUACUAAAAGAAAUGUUAAACAAACGAUCAUUCGAGGCUGCUGAGGCCUAUUCUAAAAAUAAUGAUAUCCAAGUGCAUUAUGGUAAAACACUUGCAAUAACUGCUGAUAUAAAAGGUGGAGACAAAAUCUUGGAUAUGGGUUGCGGAACAGGAGAGUUGACUUCAUUUCUUGGGGAAAUUGUCGGCAGAGAGGGUCAAGUGGUUGGUGUCGAUCCAGACUUUGGGAGAAUUCAAUACGCAAAGCAAAAGCAUUUAAGCGUAAACAUUGUGGUAUUUGAGCAUGGCGAUAGUUCGACUGAGUUUAUUCAACGAAACAAAUCCUACUACGAUGUCCAUUUUAGUAAUUUUGUGUUCCAAUGGCUUUCUCCAGAAAGAAAGAAAGAAUUUGUGCGAGUUGCCUUCGAAAGCCUAAAGCGUGGAGGAGUAAUUGCAAUUCAGAGUCACCAGGAAACUCCUUGCGUGAUGAAACAAGUUGAACAAAUGAUUUCGAACGAUCAACCAUUUUCGCUUUGUAAGAAAGAUGAAGUAAAUAUUAGGCCGCUUCCAUUCUUUAUGAAUAAAUCAGAAACUGAAUCUAUUUUAAGGGAUUGCGGUUUUGAAAUAAUUUCAAAUGACUUUUAUCUAGAAACUUAUAGGUAUGCAACAAUCCGUGAUUUUGUCAACUUUGUCGUGGCUUCUGAUUAUCAUGAGAGCGAAAUGCUUUCGCUGAAUGCGUUUAAAAUGUUUGCGGAAUUGUUUGGAAACGACGAUGGAAGUGUGGACUUUUUUGAUCCCACAGUUUACCAGAUUGUAGCAAAGAAGACAUAA